GUAGGUUGGAGCUAAAAAUUGUGGGUCAAGAACUUGUGGGUGAGACAAUUCGAAAAUCCACCCAACCAACCAGCCAAUUGUCACCCCUCGUACUCACGACUCACGAGUCACGUCCUGCGCUCAUCAGUGUCAGUGACACGACUGACGCUUCGCUUACUCUUUGUCGGAGCUGCUGUAGUUACUCGCUCUCGCUUCGACGGAGGGAGGGAAGAAGAAAGUCAUGGGGGAGGUGGAGAAAGGCAGUACAAGCAAGACGAGCAGCCGUCAACGUCGAGUUGGGCUUUUGUACGACGAGCGUAUGUGUAAACAUUCUACUCCGGACGGCGAGCACCAUCCUGAAAAUCCUGAUCGAAUUAGGGCUAUUUGGAGCAAGCUUCAAGCCAAUGAUAUCCCGAGCAGAUGUGUUCUUCUAGACGCCAAAAAAGCACAAGACAAACAUCUACUGGCUGUACACACUCAAAGACAUGUCGAUUUGAUCAAAAAUAUAAGCUGCAACUCGAGGAGGAACAGGGUUUCCGCCAAACUGAAUUCCAUAUACUUCAACGAGGGAUCAUCCGAAGCUGCUUACCUUGCUGCUGGGUCUGUUGUAGAGGUUGCAGAAAAAGUUGCCAAAGGGGAGUUGGAUUCUGCUGCUGCCAUUGUUAGACCUCCUGGUCAUCAUGCUGAACUUGAUGAGGCCAUGGGGUUUUGUUUGUUCAAUAAUGUUGCUAUUGCAGCCAGCUUUUUGUUAGAUGGAAGUCUAGAAUUGGGCAUAAAAAAGAUCUUGAUUGUGGACUGGGAUGUACAUCACGGAAAUGGUACCCAGAAGAUGUUCUGGACUGAUCCGCGGGUACUGUUUUUCUCAGUCCAUAGAGCAAGGAUGAUAUUUGAUACUCUGGCUGCCUCUUGGACAUUUAAUUUGUGCAGGCACGAGUUUGGUUCAUUUUACCCAUUCAGUGACGAUGGCUGCUACACCAAGGUGGGUGAGGGUGUGGGUGCAGGAUAUAAUAUAAAUGUCCCCUGGGAGAACGGACGAUGUGGAGAUGCGGACUAUUUUGCUGUUUGGGAUCAUGUUUUGAUCCCUGUUACGAAAGAAUUUGAUCCAGACAUAAUAAUAGUGUCAGCAGGAUUCGAUGCAGCUGCUGGAGAUCCGCUUGGUGGUUGCCGUGUCACACCGUAUGGAUAUUCAGUGAUGUUGGGAAAGUUGAUGGAUUUUUCUCAUGGAAAAGUUGUGUUAGCCUUUGAAGGAGGAUACAAUCUUGAUUCUAUUGCAAAUUCAUUUCUUGCUUGCAUGGAGAUGUUACUUGAACGUAAGCAUGCUGCAAGAUCGUUGGAGGCCUAUCCAUUUGAGUCUACAUGGCGUGUGAUACAGGAGGUUCGCAAAAAAUUGAGUGCUUAUUGGCCUGUUUUUGUCGAUGAAUUACCAACAAACUUAACAAAUCAAAAGGCUCCACCUCCGCAUCUUCUAGUCUCAAGCUCAGAUUCUGAAGGCGAGGAUGGGAAACCAUCCAACACUAUUUCUGACAAUGUUGAGGCUGCUCUUGAGGAAGUUGUGGGACCACUUUCAAAGUUGACAGUUGAAGAUCAUAGUGGAGGAUCUGCAUCUUUCACCUCCUGGAGGCCAGUGCUUUCCAGAACUGAUAUUUGGUAUGCUACUUUUGGAUCGAAUAUGUGGCAGCCUAGAUUCCGCUGUUACAUCGAAGGCGGUCAGGUGGAAGGCAUGCAGAAGGCGUGUACUGGUUCGGUGGACAAAAACCCAUCCAAGGGAAUCAUGUGGAAAACUUUCCCCCACAGGUUAUUCUUUGGUCACGAGUCUACUGAUACAUGGGGUCCGGGAGGGGUUGCUUUCCUCCUUCCAGAGAGCAGCAGUCAUGAAAAAGCACAUAUGUGCCUCUAUAGGAUCACGCUAGAGCAAUUUAACGAUGUCUUACUUCAGGAGAACGUCUCUUGCCAUGAUAUGAGCUCUCCUGUAUUCGAUUUGACCGAGUUGAAUUCUGCCGUUAACCAAGGAUCUGUUUCUCUGGAGGUUUUUAAGAGUGGUUGGUACCGUAAUGUGGUUUACAUGGGAAAGGAGCAGGAUCUUCCCAUUCUCACCAUGACGUGCUCGCUGUCUGAUGCUGAGAAGUUUAGGUGUGGGGAAUUCCCAUUGAGAGCUCCAUGCAAAGAGUAUGCCAACACCUUAGUGAGGGGGCUCGUUGAAGGAGGACAGUUGUCAGAAGAGGAAGCCAUUGCUUACAUUAAACAAGCUUCCUCUGGCGAGCCACUUUGAUCCCAAACAGCAUUUAUUAUUAUGUGUUAGCUAGCUUAUCUACUGCCUCGGUUCCGCAUGUGUUCGUAUGAAGAGCUGUUUGGUCCGGGAAAGCUCUUACAUUUAUUUAUUAUUACUAGAUGUGUUAUGAGCCGCGCUCCGCAGCGGCAUGGGACAAUUCUUGUACGUUGCUUUUGAAUGUCCGUCAUUUGUGAGUGUCUUUUAAUUGAUCUUCCUUAUUUUACCGAUGAGCUAAAUAAAGGAUGCUAGUACCAAAGCCAACUUUUUAGGA